GAUGUUUCCUCAUCGCGUCGCAAGGCCCGCAAGGCCCACUUCGGUGCCCCCUCCUCGGUCCGCCGCAAAAUCAUGUCGUCACCCCUGACAAAGGAGCUCCGAGGCAAAUACAAUACCCGUUCGUUACCUAUUCGCAAGGAUGAUGAGGUCCGAAUCGUUCGGGGAAAAUACAAGGGUCGGGAAGGGAAAGUGACGCAGGUGUACCGUAAGAAGUGGGUUAUUCACGUUGACCGCGUGCAACGCGACAAGUCAAACGGCGCAUCGGUACCCAUCGGCGUACACCCUAGCAAGGUGGUCAUCACCACCAUUAAGCUGGACAAGGACAGACGUGCAAUCCUUGACCGGAAGGACAGAAAGAAGGCGGUGGGGCAGGAUGUUGAGAUGGUUGAC